GACUUCGCGGGCUGUGUUGGCAUUCGUGUGAAAUUUGUUUUACCCGUUGAUUGAGUUGUCGGCACUUGAUUGCAGGUUUCGUAAUACUGGAUUAGGAUUAUUGGCGUAGUUGUACGAAUUAGAGUGUGCAUUCAAACGUGAUAUUCGGAGUUAAUUAACUGGAGGCUAACAUUGUUAAUUUCACGUGCGAAUUUGUUUAAUGGAAUGUGAUAUUUUCAUGACUGACUAAAUCCUCAAAACGAAGUGGAUUAAACAAAUAUAACAAAAGAGACUGACAUUUAUCGAAGUUGAGUUAGACAACAUAUCAAACAAACAAAUUCUCAGGAUUUGUUUUUAUUUAAAGUUUGAAUAAAUUUAAUAAAAAAGGACAUUCCUUUUGCACGUGGAUAUGACGAACGCUACAAACAGUUUCUUUUUUAAGGCUCCCAAAACUAGUUUGUCUGUCAAAUUUUGACAGACAAAACAAAACAAAAAAAAAACAGAAAUUAGGCCUACAGAUGAAACUUUGCAAACUAGAAACCACGGGUGCUAAUGCCGUUUACGAAAAAGCGGAAGUGAAACUCCGGAAUAAACUUUCUUUUGAAGAGGAAGAGCUUCAGAACUGUGACAAUUUUCUACAAGUGCCCCGCAAGCGGCACCACUCUGAAUGGGACUGCCCUAGCUCGUCUCCCUUGGACGGCUUCAUGCAAUUUGAGCAGGGUGCCUCCACGCUGGACGCGAGGCUCAUGCGUGGCAGCGCUUCAUCCCUCUACGACCUCACGGAGAGCGGCCAUUCUAUCUUGGAUGCGGCGUGCUUGACCUUCGACCCGGAACGCACUAACGACAGCCAUUUUGAUAUGCUUGAGGGUUACAGUUUCCUGUGGGAAAAUUUUAAAGAAGAAGACACCUCUCCAACCUCCACCUCCAACAUCACCCCCCUCCCCAGCCACCCCACCCCCGUCCCCUCGGACGAGAACACCAUCAGCAGCAGCACAAAGUCCUGUGAGGAGUCCCCCUCCGCCCUAUCCCCACCCCUAGGCACCAGCAAACGGAAGUCCUCCGUGGACAGUCCGCCUGAUGACGUAGGCGCGUUCUUCGGCCACCCGUUAACAAAGGCGACCAACGCUCUAAUAGGUGACCUAGACAACAACGCCAGUGCCGUAGCCCUCCUACACGAGUACAUCAACCUGCCCUCUAUAGACCGAGAUGAUCUUAAGGUGGGGGACAAGCUCAAUGGCAUUAUGCUGGACAUUAUCAGUCCAAGGACAGAUCCUACAUUAUCUAAACCGGAAGUGAGAUACAGCCCCACCCCAACAUCUUCGGACUCUCCCGAGUCGGACUCGAUCUCGCACGACAUCGUCGCCAGUGAGAUCGAGGUCGGUACGGAAUUUCUCGAGCUCGAGUUCACCCCGUACCUUCCCGAGGACCAGGCGGAAACUGCCGAGGCUGAUUACGAGGUUACGGACAAUUCCGGCAAUAAAACAACAAGAAAACUUCGUGCAGCUAAAGAGGCCAAAGGAUUGGCCCAGCAGAAGCGACAAGAGGCCAAGAGAGCGCCCCGGAAGUCCCGGGCCAAGACUGAUGUUGUGACCAGCACCUCCAACCAUUUGACGAAACAGGGCCCAGCGGCUCCCCGUAGGUCGUCCUCCGACUCCCCCCUCCCCACUGGUCAACAAGCAAACACUGACGUGUCCGGUCAUCAAUUUCAAUCUAAACGGGCGGUCGUCGUGACAGAUCUCUGCGGGAACCAGUUACAGCGCGGUCACGUGACCACCGUCCCCGCCCCCGCCGCCUCCCCGAGAACUCACCAGGACCUGGUUCACAACACAGCCUCACCGAACAUCAUCAUCGUCGACAGCAGCGGACACGUCGUCCAGUCCUCGCAAAAACCCGAACCGGAUUCGAACGCGCAGCUGAUCACCUUAGUGAGCACAACCCUGAAACCAACCUCACCAGCCACAGUACCGUCAGCAUCACACACCGCCGGACAACCAGCAUCACCACCGACAACCGCAGCAGCAUCGCAGAAUGCUGCAGCGUAUGAGGUUCUAGUGAAGGAGAAUACGUUCUUGAAGAAAGCGCUCUCGGAUAAGAUUCGAUCCCGGAUCUCCGCGGAAGAAUCGCUCAACGCCAUGCCAGCACACAGCCUGCAGUUUUUAACUGACGAUGUCCACAGUAUUGGACUGGACAGUAAAUAUUCUCCUCUAGCCGCUAUCAAGCAAGAGGAUUCUUACUUAGACUACGUCGACCAACAGUACACGUACGACCCCGAGUUAGCCCACACGGUACCGGCAUUAAACAACUGUUCUGGAAUAACUAUAACCUCCUGCUCCAACGUAGCGCAAAAUUUAGUCUCCGUUUCCAUGGCGACCUGCGACGACGCCAGAUCCCAGAAUGACACAAUGUCCGCCAGUUCCUUACAGCGGUUACACGGCGGGAACCUCGACCACACCUACAGCCCCGAGCACCGCCACCAGCACUACGCCAGCAACCACCAGCUCCACACCGGCGACAUCCAGGACGCCAUGAUCGUCCAGUCGCCCCAGGGUCAGUACCUGCACGUGCUGCAGCCCCUGCAGCAGAUGGACGCCCAGGUGACCAGCAGCAACCAAAACAAUUACUACUUCUACCAGCGGGGCGCCAACGCCCCCAUGCAGGAGGCGGAGAAGCCGGUGACGGUGGAGUACCACCAGCAGUACUACACCAACGGCUACCCCAGCUUUCUGACCGCCGACAGCUACAACAUGAAGUCACCAGACAGCGGCUUCUACGAGCCAAGUUUGUCUCCAAUCUCUGCCUCCCUUGUAUCCAAAGACGCCUACCAAACGACAGAGUUAGGCAAGGAGAAGCCGAAGAAGAAGAAGACCCCCGGGGCGUGUCCCGCGGGUGGGGCAGUGUUACUACGUCAGUACUCCAGCUCUGACAAGGCUGCCCCCAGGUCGCCAGCUAUAAAUAAACUAGAAAUAAACACUACCGGGUACAGUUAUUUCCUAGAGACCCCAAUCUCCACCACACAACGAAGAGAUGAAGAUCGCGUCACAUACCUCAAUAAAAGUCAGUACUACGGCCUCACCCUGGACUUCAACAGUCAAGAGAGGAACAUUAAAUGUGCCGUUGUCAAGUCGGUGAUCAUCCUAGCCUUCAGGGAGGAGAAGACGAUGGAGGAGGAGAGAAAAGCCUGGGAGUUCUGGCACGGCAGGCAGCACAGCUACAAGCAGAGGAUACUGGACAUAGACACGAAGAACUGCCAAGGAGUGGUACCCAACAACAUCGAGGAGAUAGCCUUUAACGCCGUGGCUGUCAGGUGGAGCCCCAUGGAGGGGGCGGUCAAGGUGAACAUCGCUGUUCACUGCUUGAGUACAGACUUCAGCAAUCAGAAGGGGGUCAAGGGCAUCCCACUGCACAUCCAGAUAGACACGUACGAACAGGGGCCAAAGGGAAACCAUCUAGUCCACAGAGGUUACUGCCAGAUCAAGGCGUUUUGUGAUAAGGGUGCCGAGCGUAAGACGAGGGACGAGGAGAGGAGGCGAGUGGCCAAGAACAAACCGGAAGAGUUCGGGAACGCCCCUCCGGUUAAAAGUAAGGGCCGGAAGAAAACUGAGGAAUCUUUCCACGAACCAUGUGACAGAUCUGAGUUCUAUUCCAUGGCAGACAUCAUAUCCGAACCAGUUUUCUUUAACCCCUUACAUGAAACUCCGGAAUUUAUUCACAAGUCAAUAUCACUUGGAGUUGUGCCCUUACAAGAAGAAGAUUUAUCCAGCCUGCCAACAAGUCUAGAACUGCCCGACUCAUGCGACGACUACUACAGCGGCAGCCCUGCCAAGAGAGCCAGGAGAGACUCCACCAGCACCCCUAAAGACGGUCAAAAAGUCCUCCUGUACGUCAGGGAACAACACGAGAACGUCUACACAGCCCUCAUGCUUGAGAUCCCCACCCUACACGGGCUGCUCAGAUCAAUUGAACAAAAAUACUCUAUAUCUCCAUCAAAAGUGAAAAAUCUUUAUAAAAAGUCCCGUAAAGGAAUUCUCGUGAGACUUGAUGACAACAUCGUGCGACAUUAUUCACACGAGUCAACAUUCAUCAUCGAGAUCAACGUCUUAAACCAGGAGAAGGAUUAUGAGAUUAUUCUAGUUGAAAUAGACCCAGCAACAUCAUAGCUACACUGUCUCCAUGGAACUCGUUUGUGUUGAAAGUUAUAAAAGUACAAUGUUUUCUUGAAGAGCUGGUACUUACUUGUGAAUGUACUUA